AAAAAUAUGUCUAUGUGAAGAAUUUCGGCCUAGAUUACGUGUUGACACAGCUAGGUGAUCAAAAUGGAGUCAAAUGUAGACUGUGGGUAGGGUGUAGAAGAAGGAGAGGUAUUGUUAUACUAUGAACAUGACACCCUCUCCAAAUUAAGAUGUCGGAUAUGUCAUCAUCAUCUGACAGUGACAGUGAACUGAACAAUAGUGACUUAAACCUUGGGUUUACAUCAGGUGAGGAAGGUCCACCUGAUGACACUUCAGGGGAGACAACUGUCACACUUCUUGUGGAUGGUGUGUUGAUCAGAGUUGUGAAAGGAAACAUCGCCAAGGAAACUGUGGAUGUGAUUGUAAAUAGCACAUCAACUGACCUUGACCUCACAAAAGGCACAGCUUCCAAGGUUCUGCUGAAGGAGGCUGGUGACAGUCUACAGACAGAAUGUCGACAGAGCUAUCCUGAAGGCAUCACUGUUGGUGACUUAGCUGUAACAGGGGCGGGUAACCUAUCGUGUGAUUACAUCUACCAUGGGUCACUUGUCAAGUGGGGCACAAAUAAUGCAGCACAGGUACAUAUAGACUUUGUGACAAAGUGCCUUCAGACAGCCAGUGACAAUGAUCUGGAGUCUAUUGCCAUCCCUGGUCUCACCACAGGCUUCUUGACCUUCCCCAAGGACAUUGCAGCCAAGAAUGCAUGUGAGUGUAUCAGGAAGUUUGUCAAAUCAAAUCAAGACACAUCCCUGAAAGACAUCAGAAUUGUUAUCUACGAAAAAGACAAGGCAACGCUGAAGGCUUUCAGCACUGAAGUGAAGACAUGGAAAGACAGAAUAGAUCAAUUUGUACCAGUCCGAGAUGUCUGCAACUCCACUGUCGGAGGAAUGACUGUUCGUGUGGUGGUGGACAAAAUGGAGGAUCAGAAGGUAGAUGUGAUAGUAAACAGUGCCAAUAAAGAACUGAAGCUGGACAAGGGAACCUUGUCCAACACCCUAAACAGGGUGGCCGGCCCCGCCCUACAACAAUCUUGCUCCACCCUGUAUCCUAACGGUAUUGAGCCCAAGGAUGUGGCAUUCACAGAUGCUGGAAAUCUCUCCUGUAAACAAGUUUACCAUGUUUGUGUGUGUGACUUUGAUCAAAGCAAUGAAGAUGCAUCCUCAAAGGUGAUCAUUGACUUAGUGAGUAAGUGUCUAGAUGAGAUGCAUUCUAAGGGAUUUACUUCCAUAGCCUUUCCAGCACUGGGAACUAGAUAUCGAAAAUAUCCUGCAAAACUGUCAGCCAAGGCGAUGUUUGAGGGUUUCGAGAAGUUUUGGAGCAGUCAGAACUCCUCUACCAUAUCAGAUGUCAGGAUUGUUAUCUAUGGCAAUGACCAGCACACUAUCGGAAAAGCAUUUGAGAAGCAGGCUACCGGUGCUGUAACCACUGUGCCCCGUCCGCAGGUAUCAGAAUUCGCAAGAGGAACAAAACCAUACUGUCUUGAUAUGUACGAGCAAAGUGUGCAUCCACCAAGUUAUUGGAGUCAUUUUAAGUCAUCAAAACCUGUGAAGAAAUGGAAAGUGUCUCCCCCAAAUGGGAAACUCCAUUGCCUUGUGCCUGUCUCACAAGAGGAAAAGAAAGCGGUUGUGGAUCUCAUUGAAAGUACGUGGGAGGCAAACAAGAUCGGACAUGGACGUGAUGCUGUGGGACUUAUGGGGUUCACCUCACUUAAAGUUACAAACGUUCAGAGGCUGGAGAACAUCGAUUUGUUUGAGAAGUAUGGAAAUGCUAGAGCCCAACUGUUUCAUAAGGCUGGUUCUAUAGGGGUGUUUGAUCAUCUUGAGACAAUUUCAGGCUCAAAGGGUGCCAUUAAAACUGCCAACCUUAUUGACCCAACGUUAAAGCGGGACACUUUUCCAGAGGUGAACGAGUUUUAUUUCUUCCAUGGAACCAAGCCAGACAUCCUGGAAUCAAUAAUGAAACAGGGAUUAGACAUCCGGAUGUCUGGAGAAAGAGCCAUGUUUGGUCAAGGAAUGUACCUCGCUGAGAGUUCCACGAAGGCUGAUCAAUACACUGAUGCCAAGGGAAACAGAAAUCAGGAUGAGAAGACAAUGCUGCUAACACGAGUAUGUCUGGGGAAGAUAUGUCUGUUGUCUCGGCCAGCUAACAUAAAGAGACCGCCAUGUUUUAUCGCUGGGUGUAACAGUGACACUUGUAGCCACAGUGACCUGGAACGCUGUGACAGCGUCGUUGGGGACGGCACAUGGCUGUUCAGGGAAUUUGUACUGUACAGCCAGCACCAGAGCUACCCAGAAUAUGUCAUAACAUAUACCAGGUUAGAAAAUGUAUAUCCACCUUCAAGAUCAGAUCAUGUUGUAUAUCAACGACAUCCAUCACGCUUUAGUAGAGGGACGUCUGGGGAUACAGAUGAGAAUGAUGACGAUGAGGAAUCGCCUACUGCACAAAGGAAUGUCAGGCGUAGAAGGCGCCACAGGUUUACCAUGAUUGGCAAACUUCAGGCUACAGUGAUCAAGGGAAACAUUGUAGAGGAGACGGCUGAUGUAAUAGUGAAUAGUACUGUGAAGGAGCUCAGACUGGACAAAGGGAGAGCAUCCAAGAGUCUCCUGAUAGCAGCCGGAGAUAAAAUCCAGUCAGAGUGUGACAACGAUUACCCCAGGGGUAUCAGUCAUGGUGACUUGGCUGUGACAAGUGGAGGUAGGCUCUCCUGUCAGAAGAUCUACCAUGUUUGCCUGCCGAAACGGACCAGUACGCAAGAUGAGAAGGUGAUGAAGUCUGUGUUACAUAAAUGUCUUGAGAAGGCCCACAUCAGCAAUAAGACCUCUAUAGCCUUCCCAGCACUAGGCACAGGCUUCCUGGGAUACUCCCCUGAUGUGGUUGCUACGACGAUGUUCCAGUGUAUACAAGAAUUUGAUAAAGCUCAUCAGUCAACAACCUUGAAAACAAUUUAUAUUAUCGUAUUCUACAAAGAAGACAACAUAUUUCGGGAAUUCCUCUCUGCUGCCAAGUCCCUUGCCCAGACCGUCUCACCUGGAGCAGCAGCUAAUUCAGGACCCACUCAGGCAAAGAUCGGUCCAAUCAAUUUUGAAGUUGUUUAUGGUAAAAUGGCUGAACAAAAGGUGGAUGUUGUUGUGAACAGUACCUCGAAGGACCUGAAAUUAGGUGGUGGGUCUGGUCUAGCUAAGUCCCUAUUGACUGCGGCUGGCCCCUCCCUACAGACUGAGUGUGACAACUCUUACCCUAAUGGGAUCCUCCCGGGAGAUCUGGCCAUCACUGGUAGCUACAACCUCCCCUGUAAAAAGGUUUUCCACGGAACGUUCACCUCGUUUUACAGCAAGCAGACUGGAUAUAAACGACCAGAAGAGGUUCUAUUUGACUUUGUACAAGACUGUUUGUCUCAAGCCAACAACAAUGGCUACACCUCGAUUGCCUUCCCUGCCCUAGGGACAGGCUUCCUUAAGUACCCAAAGGAUACUGUAGCCAGUGCUAUAGUGGGUAGCAUACGUGAAUACGUGCAAAAUCACCAAACUUGUCUCUCUGAUGUAAAAGUUAUUGUGUUCGGACAGGAUUGGAAAGAUAUUGAACAGGCGUUUAGAGAUGAACUACAGGGAAAGAAGAAAAUCCAAAGGCGAGUUACAUCAACCAUUCCUGCUAGGAACACUAAAGAGUUCCUUAAGUACAAGUACAUGGAGACUCCCCACCCUCCUCCCUACUGGACAAAGUACAGGAACAUGAAAAGUGUCAAGGAAUGGACGAUGGACGCCAAGUCGUCUCCUGCACUUCUUCAAGUGGACCAACAGACAUGUGGAUUCAUUGAAAAUGCCUUUAAGAAAACUGGGAUGGCAUCACGCACCAUUAUUAAGAUAGAGCGACUAGAGAGUAUAAAGUUGUUAGAGAAUUAUCUCCAUAUGUGCCAGCUACUGUUUCGCCAGGCAUAUGUUGUGAGCAGUUUUAAGGAGAUUCAGAAUAUUACUGGGUCCAAGGGGCCAGUCACAACUUCAAAACAUCUUGAUAAAUCGAUGACACAGUACCUUAAUCAUGAGAUCAAUGAAGCAUAUCUGUUUCAUGGUACAAAAAGCCCGUUUGUAAAAACUAUCACACACCAAGGCCUUGACAACCGUCUAGCUAAUGCUGGUCGGGUCGGAAAUGGGGUGUAUGCAGCAGAGGUGGCAUCGAAAUCCAAUCAGUAUGUUGAUCGUGAUGGCCAGGGUUACAGUUACAUGUUCCUUGUGAGAAUGUGCCUUGGAGAUAUCUUCAUCACAAAAAGUGGUCAAAACUUCAGACGGCCACCGUGCAAAGCCUGCAGUACACCGGUUUGUACUCAGCACUCAGAGGUAUUCACAUCCGUAGUGGCGGACGGUGGAGGCUUUAGUGACCGCGAGUUUGUGGUGUACGAUCAAGAUCUGACCUACCCAGAGUACCUCAUAACAUAUAAAUAAUGUACACCUAGUAAUCAUGAUAUAGAAAUUAAAGGAAGCUCGAACAAAUACCCAAUGGGCCUGUAUUGCCUUGUGAUCAUGAAAGUGGGCAGGGGUAUUCAUUUUAACAGAAUUACAACCCUUCAUCACAAAUUCAAGCAUCAGGUUAAAUGUCCAGACUCUGAGAUCAUACACUGUCUUAUGUUGUUGUAUCCUUGGUAAAGACAUUGUACCUCAAAUGAUCUUUAUAGCACCAGAUGGGCCAUCCAUAUGUUGUUCAAUGAGGUAACCACUAACUACUACAAGGAGAGGUGCUACAUCAAAAUGACUCUAGCUGUUCAUGAGUUAAGCCAACAAACAAUGCAACUGAUGAAUUUCUAGUUCACCCUGGCCCAUUUGUUCUCUAUUCUCUUGUGUCUAUAGAGUAUCAUGUUGAAUUCAAUUUUACUCUGAAUUUUUAUACAUGUUUAUAAUCGAAUCUGUAUAUUGUUACCUCCUGAUUUUAAAAACUGUUUUGUACCUCAUAUUAAAUCUAUCUGUUCUGAAAGUACAAUUUUUGUACAUGGAUAUAAGGACAAGAGUACUAUUGGGUGGCAUUGUAUACACCACAUCCAUACCAAAAAGAAAACAACUAAUACAAGGUUGAUAGUCUAAUUAAAGUGACACUUAGAACAUACAAUUUCCUUGUCAUAGCAAAGUGUACGAAGUUUGAAAACUGAGGGUUAGGAUGUAGACAAGAUCAACAGGAUUCAAAUACCGAAAUAAAUACUUACGUAUGUUAAACUUU